CCCAGCAGCGAAGGCCGAGGUUUCCGUGCUUGGAUGCCCACAGUUAGACCCCCUGCCCGUGCUUCAGUCACCGCCAUUAAAGCUGCUGGACACUGCAGAUGAGCGGGCUACUUCAGGUGCCUAGGCUGUACAAGCCCAGCACUGAGGAUGCUCGUUGGCAGCGUCUGUGUGUCUAAGUCCUCGUCCUGGGGAGGCGAAGAGCAGUGGGCUCAGAGAGCGAGGCUGGCUGUGCAGAGGUUGCCUGUGCAGCUCACUGUCAAGCUGAGCCUGGCAGAGUCUGUGCCCUACCUUGAGAGCCCACUGUCUCCUCUGGAGUUUCAUCGGGAAUGGGUAUGUCCAAACAGGCCCUGCAUCAUUCGCAACGCCUUCGAUCACUGGCCAGCUCUGAAGAAGUGGACGCUGCCCUACCUCAGGGAGGUAAUGGGCUCCAAGGCGGUGAGUGUGGCUGUAACACCAAAUGGCUAUGCCGAUGCAGUUUAUCAAGACCGGUUUGUUAUGCCAGAAGAGCGACACAUACCUUUCAGCAGCUUCUUGGACAUCGUGGAGAAGAAAGUUACAUUGCCUGGUGUCUUCUAUGUGCAGAAGCAGUGUUCAAACCUAAUUGAGGAGUUCCCUGAGCUCUUGGGUGAUGUGGAGCCUGACAUACCGUGGAUGAGUGAGACACUAGGAAAAAAGCCUGAUGCUGUGAAUUUCUGGCUUGGGGAGUCUGGUGCUGUGACAUCCUUACAUAAAGAUCACUAUGAGAACUUGUACUGUGUGAUCUCUGGAGAGAAGCACUUUCUACUGCAUCCACCCAGUGAUCGUCCCUUCAUCCCAUAUGAAUUCUACCUCCCAGCAACGUACCACAUAUCAGAAAAUGGCUCAUUUCAGGUUGUAGAUAAAGAGGCUGUGGACAAGGUACCAUGGAUUCCAGUGGAUCCUUUAAAUCCAGAUCUGAAACGAUACCCAGAGUAUGCCCAGGCAAAGCCUUUGCAUUGCAUAGUAAAAGCUGGUGAAAUGUUGUACCUCCCUUCGCUCUGGUUCCAUCAUGUUCAGCAGUCGCAUGGCUGUAUAGCAGUGAAUUACUGGUAUGACAUGGAAUAUGACCUGAAGUACAGCUAUUAUCAACUACUAGAUUCUCUCUCAGAGGCUGUGAAACUGGUGUAACAGAGAAAGGAGACUUGGGGCUCAUAACUUUUCUGUCUGAUAUAAU